UGUAUCUGUUUCACACAUGUUGGUUGUUUGUUGGUGUUGCGGAGGGUCGUUGGAUUAAAAUUGUGUGUUUUUCUAAAAAUUUAAAAGAAAUUAAUACGAAAUUAUCAAUAAAAAUUGUUUAAAAAUGACUUUAAUAAAACGCCUAGUGAAUAGUAAUUUAAUUUCACGUUUAAAUAACAUCAAAACUUUAAAACAAAAUGGCUACUGCACCCAUUUGAAGUUUGCCGAACACAAACCCAUUGAGAAAAUCCGUAAUAUUGGUAUUUCUGCCCAUAUUGACAGUGGUAAGACUACAUUGACCGAACGUAUUUUGUUUUACACCGGCCGCAUUGCUCAAAUGCACGAGGUAAGAGGUAAAGAUAAUGUAGGCGCUACUAUGGACUCUAUGGAAUUGGAAAGGCAAAGAGGCAUCACCAUUCAAUCGGCGGCUACUUAUACUUUGUGGAAAGACAUUAAUGUAAACAUUAUUGAUACACCUGGUCAUGUGGACUUUACUGUGGAAGUAGAAAGAGCUUUGCGUGUUUUGGAUGGUGCAGUUUUAGUACUGUGUGCUGUGGGUGGUGUGCAGAGUCAGACCCUGACCGUCAACAGACAAAUGAAACGUUACAAUGUACCCUGCAUUGCUUUCAUUAACAAACUCGAUCGUAUGGGCUCAAACCCCUACAGAGUAUUGUCGCAAAUGCGUUCCAAAAUGAAUCACAAUGCUGCUUUUAUACAGCUGCCCAUUGGUUUGGAAAAUGAUUGCAAGGGUAUUAUAGAUUUGGUGGGCGAUAAGGCCAUGUAUUUUGAGGGAGACUAUGGUACCAAGAUACGUUACGAUGAAAUACCCCAAGAUAUGCGUACGGAAGCGGCAGAAAGACGCCAAGAACUUAUUGAACAUUUGUCGAAUGUAGAUGAGACUUUGGGAGAAAUGUUCUUGGAGGAAGCAACACCAACUGAAAACGAUAUCAAGGCUGCCCUACGCAGAAGCUGUAUUAAACGUACCUUUACACCUGUAAUGGUGGGUACAGCUUUGAAGAACAAGGGUGUCCAGCCUUUAUUAGAUGCCAUCGUCGAUUAUCUACCCAAUCCCGGAGAGGUAGAAAAUUUGGCCUUCAUUGAAGAAGAGGGCAAGGAGCCACAAAAGAUUGUCUUAAAUCCUGCCAGAGAUGGUAAAGAUCCUUUUGUUGGUUUGGCUUUCAAAUUGGAAGCUGGUCGUUUUGGUCAACUUACUUAUCUUAGAUGUUAUCAGGGUGUUUUGCGCAAGGGUGACAAUAUUUUCAAUGCUAGAACUAACCGUAAGGUGCGCAUAGCACGUUUGGUGCGUUUGCAUUCCAAUAAUAUGGAAGAUGUAAAUGAGGUUUAUGCUGGCGAUAUAUUUGCCUUGUUUGGUGUUGACUGCGCCUCUGGUGAUACCUUCACCACUAAUCCACGUGAUGGUCUCUCUAUGGAAUCUAUAUUUGUACCCGAACCUGUUGUAUCAAUGGCUAUUAAGCCCAAUAAUCCCAAAGACAGAGAUAAUUUCGCAAAGGCCGUUGCUAGAUUUACCAAAGAGGAUCCUACUUUCCACUUUUACUUUGACAAUGAUGUUAAGGAAACUUUGGUUUCUGGCAUGGGUGAAUUACAUUUGGAAAUCUAUGCCCAACGUAUGGAACGUGAAUACAACUGCCCCGUUACUCUCGGCAAACCUAAGGUAGCAUUCAGAGAAACUUUGGUAGCACCUUGUGAGUUUGAUUACUUGCAUAAGAAACAGUCUGGCGGUUCGGGUCAAUACGCCCGUAUUAUUGGUGUCAUGGAACCUUUACCUCCACACCAAAAUACAUUACUUGAAUUUAAUGAUGAAACUGUAGGAACCAAUGUACCCAAACAAUUCGUACCUGGUGUAGAGAAGGGCUUCCGUGAAAUGGCCGAAAAGGGCAUGUUGUCCGGUCACAAACUUUCGGGUAUACGUUUCCGUUUACAAGAUGGUGGUCAUCACAUAGUAGAUUCCAGUGAAUUGUCUUUCAUGUUGGCCGCUCAUGGCGCCAUCAAAGAGGUAUUCCAAAAUGGUUCUUGGCAAAUUCUAGAACCUAUUAUGUUGGUGGAAGUAACAGCUCCCGAAGAAUUCCAGGGUGCGGUUAUGGGUCAAUUAAGUAAAAGACAUGGUAUUAUAACCGGCACAGAUGGUGCCGAGGGUUGGUUUACCGUUUAUGCUGAAGUUCCUUUGAACGAUAUGUUCGGUUAUGCUGGAGAAUUGAGAUCCAGUACACAAGGUAAAGGUGAAUUUACUAUGGAAUAUUCACGCUACUCUCCCUGUCUCCCAGAGGUACAAGAACAAAUUGUACGACAAUAUCAAGAAUCUAUGGGUUUGGGCCAAACCGAAAAAAAGAAAAAGAAGAAUUAAUUUUAAAUUUAUUUUAAAACCAUCAUUUAUGUUAUAUUUUUAAGUCGAAUUAUUAUUUACUAAACAAUACAAUAACCAACCAAGCCAUAUGCAAA